AUGAUUGUGUCUGAAAAAUUUUGUUGCCAACAUAUGUAUGGUUUGAUAUCAGUUACCCCACUUUGGCGUAAUGGACCAGAAGACAAACCAGUGUUGUGCAAUGCAUGCGGAUCUAGAUAUAAGAAACGAGGAAGCCUUGGUCUUGAGGACUAUCUGCCCAAGAAUUUUCAACCUGAGUUUUUUGAUAAAUAUAAAGAUCAAAAGGCUGAGAAGAGUGAACGUCUAUGGAGUACUAAGAUUCCUACAAAGAAACGUUCAGAAGUGGUGUACAAGGAGAUAACACCAUUGGAGAGAUUCCAUAUACGACUACUUAAGAUGUCAAAAAAUCACAGGAACCCAAACGAGACAUCCUCGGAAGAAGUACUGUUGUUGAAUAACGCAAAUAACUUCAUACCUAGUACUGAAAUAGGCAUAGGAUGUGUUAUUCUUAAAUAAAAUUGUCUGGGUGUUCAAAUUGUGCCUUCAGACUCUGUUGUUUUUUGAUAUUGAACU